AUGAGGGUUCAAGGUCUUAUUGAUGCAAGCAUUCUACGAUUUGAUGGUGUUGGCAAUACAGCUGGAAAUCUGCUCCCUAACCAUACUGAAGGGAACGUGAGCGUGGUGAAAAAAGAAGACAGUUGGCGUGCCAAAAGUUGUGUUUUUGAAAUAAAGACACAACUGCGAAAGAUUUUGGAGGUAAUGGUUGAAAAGGGGUUAUUCUGUCACCCCAAUAGAAUUUUCAAAGAAAGAAAUACAAAACGUCAUUGUUUUUGUGAGUUUCAUGAGAUCGAGGGGCAUGACAUCCAGUCUUGUGAAGGAUUUAGAAAACUACUUCAAGACAUGAUGGAUAAUAAGGAAAUCGAGAUCUUUAACAAAAUGAAAGAGGCUGAUGAAGGAGAAGUAUGCACUUCUGAUAAUCAAUCAUCGGAUUUCCCUUAUAGUGCCGAUCGACCAUUGGUGAUUUAUUACGAUGCAAAAAAGGAGCAAGUGAGACCAAAGAUGAUAGUUGAAGUACCAUCUCCUUUCCUUUACAAAGACAACAAGGCAGUACCAUGGAAAUAUGAUGUCAACAUUAUCAUACCUGAAGGUGAAAAAUCCAAAGUCACAACCGAAAAUGUUGGCGAAGUAGGACACUUCACCCGUAGCGGGAGGUGUUACUCUAAAGUGGUCGAACUAAUGAAGAAGACUAAUGACUUGAAGCAGAAAGGAAAUGCACCGAUGCAUGAGGCCGAGGUCGAACUUGAGACUUCAUCUGAACAAGAAGUUAAAAGGCCUGUGAAUGAAGAGGAAGCACAUGAAUUCUUGAAGUUCAACAAGCAUAGUGAAUAUAACGUCGUGGAACAGUUAAGCAAACAACUGGCACGAAUCUCGGUAUUAUCCCUGCUGUUGAAUUCAGAGCCACAUCGGAAUGCUUUGCUGAAAGUUGAUCACGAAAUACCGCCAAAUGGUAGGGGCUCCGUAAAAGCAUUACAUAUCACAACCCGUUGCAAGGGUUAUAUAAUACCGAAUGUGCUCAUUGAUAACGGGUCAACACUCAAUGUCAUGCCUUUGGCCACGCUUUCUAGAAUUCCAAUUGAUAUAUCCUAUCUGAGGCCUUGUCACUCUACAGUCAUGGAUAUCACGUCUUCAUAUAAUCUCCUUUUAGGAAGGCCUUGGAUCCACUCUGCUGGGGUAGUUCCUUCAUCUCUCCAUCAAAAAGUGAAGUUUAUCAUGGAUGGUCUCUUGGUCACUAUCGUGGGUGAGGAAGACAUUGUCGCAUCUAUCUAUGCUGAGACACCAUACCUCUAA